GCCGCUUCCUCUUCCUCUUCCCCUUCCGGCCGGGUGGAGAGAGGAUCCUGGCAACAUGGCAGCGUCGGGCCGGCGGCUCCUCUGGGCGGCAGUGUCUGCGCUGGUCCUGGCCUCGGAGGCGGCGGCCGUAGCGGAGCUGGACGACUCGUUUAAAGAAAACCGUAAAGAUGACAUUUGGCUUGUAGAUUUUUAUGCACCUUGGUGUGGCCAUUGUAAGAAAUUGGAGCCUGUGUGGAAUGAGGUUGGAAUAGAGAUGAAAAACAUGGGAUCUCCAGUAAAAGUUGGAAAGAUGGAUGCAACUUCCUAUUCUAGUAUUGCGUCUGAAUUUGGAGUUCGAGGCUAUCCAACAAUUAAGCUUUUAAAAGGUGACCUGGCAUACAACUAUAGAGGACCUAGGACAAAAGAUGAUAUAAUUGAGUUUGCCAACAGAGUAGCAGGACCUCUUAUCCGGCCACUCCCUAGCCAGCUGAUGUUUGAGCAUGUGCAAAGGAGACAUCGGGUACUUUUUGUGUACGUUGGUGGGGAGUCUCCUUUAAAGGAAAAGUACAUUGAGGUUGCUUCGGAACUAAUUGUUUACACAUACUUUUUUUCUGCUUCAGAAGAUGUGCUACCUGAGUAUGUGACACUGCCUGAACUGCCUGCUGUUGUGGUCUUCAAAGAUGGAAGUUAUUUUGUAUAUGAUGAGUAUGAAGAUGGUGAUCUGUCAUCUUGGAUAAACAGAGAGAGAUUUCAAGGGUAUCUUAAUGUAGAUGGAUUUACUUUGUAUGAACUUGGAGAUACAGGAAAACUUGUGGCUAUUGCAGUUAUUGACGAUAAAAACUCCUCAGUUGAACAUACAAGGCUAAAGUCCAUUAUUCAAGAAGUUGCUAAAGAAUAUAGAGACCAUUUUCAUAGGGACUUUCAGUUUGGCCAUAUGGAUGGAAAUGACUACAUAAAUAGUUUACUAAUGGAUGAAUUGACAAUCCCUACUGUUGUUGUAUUGAACACUUCCAACCAACAGUAUUUUCUGCCAGACAGACAUAUUGAGAGCAUUGAAGACAUGGUCCAGUUCAUUAAUGAUAUCUUGGAUGGUACAGCAGAAGCACAAGGUGGUGAUGGAAUUCUGCAGCGAAUCAAGAGAAUAAUAUAUGAUGCCAAAUCUACUGUAGUAUCUGUAUUCAAGAGUUCACCACUUCUGGGCUGCUUUCUCUUUGGUUUGCCACUGGGUGUCAUCAGCAUCAUGUGCUAUGGAAUCUGUACAGCAGACACAGAUGGAGGGACAGAAGAGACUAUGGCAACUAAAAAAGAAACUGGAGACAGAGAACUCACAGAUGAAGGCAGUGAGGAAGAGCAAGAGGAGGAAAACAAAGAGACAGAACUUUCAGAUGGAGAGCAGAAACAGAAAAACGUUUUGGAUAAGAAAAAAGACUAACGUUCCUAGUUUAGAGAAUUCCGUAGAAUUUCCAAAUAGAGACUUAUUUAUUGAAAUUAGUCAUUUGAUGAUGAUUGUCACAGAAGAGGACUUUUGUCUGUAUUAUGCUAAAUUUGACUUGCAUGUAUUCAAAUCUUACCCAUUGUGGGGAAGGCAGAGGGCAGGAUUGAAAUCUCUCUUCAUCUUUUUACAUCUUACCUAAAAGCAGUUAAAAUGGAGAAAUAUACAUGUGCUCUAACUCUCACUUUUUUUCUCUGAAGGUUAAUAUUCUAACCUAUUUGUUUACAGACAGCAGUCAGGUAAAAAAAUGUUCUUAUCUUCCAGUCCUUGCACACAUCAUGAACUAUUAAGUGGCCAACACGAAGCAGGCUUUUUUCAUAUGAACCGAAGUAAAAAUUCUCAGGAAAGAUUAUAAUGAACUCUGUAAUUCUUCAAGCUUUAUAUUUCUGCAAACUCAAGAAUGCUUUGGAGCUUUCUCGAAAGGCAGUUAGUGUGCAGUACCUAAAAAUGUUUUAAAGAAAUGCAUUUAUUUUACUACUAACUUGUUAUGAAUUACAGAAUUGCUUUCUAUUAUGUGCAGUACAGUUACUGGCAUUUUUCUCCAGAAUUUCUAUUUAAUGCAGAACUUAACAGUUCUUUGUUAAAUAGUAAGUCUUUAAAAAGCAAAGUUUAAACAACUAAAAUGUAUUUGAAAGAUAUAAAGGGGUUUUUUUUCUUUUAAACUGGAAAAUAGUUCUGAUUUCUUUUUUAACAACUUAAACAUUUAUCUUAUUUUAGAGCAAGUUGUUAUCUAAAUUUCUGAUUGCAGAAGGAACUGAAUGUGGCUCCUUUAUGGAAAAGUAAAUACAAGCAUCCUCAAAUGUCUGCCAUUCUUGCACAGACCAUUAAUGACAGGCUUUUCCAAAUACUUUGCAAAAACAUGUUUGAAGGAUAUAAGUCUGUCCACAAUCUUAAGUUCAUAUUGCUAUAUUCUUAACAUGAAAAAUAAAUUUGUUUGAAUGUGGUUUUAGAUCAGAUGGUUGAUAUUAUUGGUAUUUGCAUUUGAGAGUUUAACUACACGCUAUAGUUGUGGAGGAGAUGUUAAUGGAGUACAGCAUUGUUAACAUUCAUAGAAAGAGGGAUAUUUGUCAGUGUAAUACAUUUUCAUUAGCUAUUUAAUCAUAAAAGUCAUUUCUCAUAAAACUCCAUGACAUUGUAAUGGACAAAGUUCUCUCCAGAGUUGAAAUCUCAUGGGAUAAGCCACAAAACAGACUUUGGUUGCAUUGAUGUCAUGGAGAUUACCAUAGCAACUAAACUUAGGCUCCUCAUUACUGAGGGUGCACAAUAUUCAGUUGUACAGUCAGCCAUGAGUUCUUUCUAGUUUUUGAUUUUGUUUUCUUUUUAAGGAUGUGUAAUACAGAUAUUAAUGUCCUCUGUAUAAGGCAGCUUAAUCACUCUAAAUAUAUAUACAUGCUCUAGCACCAAGGGAAAUAUUCCUGAUUCAUGAAUAUGGAUAAGCUUAAGUAGAAGAGAUUUUGUUGGAAUUAACUUUCCGGUAUAUAUGACUCAAGGUAGGUAUUGCCUCUUCCCUGUUUAAAAAAAAAAAAGAGUUUUGAUUCUUUGGCUUGUAUCGUCUAGCUAUGUUUUACAGCAGCUACAGUGCAGAGUGCAGCAAAGUAGAUGUCUGACUUCAAGGAGUUCAUAAUGAAAUGUUUGAAUCCAAGUAUGUGAUGAAGGUUAGAAAACUGUUUUCCGAAAGCUCAGUAUCAAAUCUAGACUCUAGCACUGUCACUUUCAUUAGGAAAGACUCUUGUACUGUCUCUGCUUGCAAUGGCUAUCCACCUGUAGAAAAGGGGGGUUUGAAUGAAUAAUAGCACAAAUCCCUGGUAUCAUGGUAUGACUUUUUUUCUUAUACCCCUCUCCUCUCCACCUCAGUGUAUUGUCUCUUCAUUUAUAUUGGGGGAGGGUCUUUGCUUUUUAUUCUUUUUUUUUUUAAUGUUUUAAAUUGUAGAAGAAUUUCCAGUUCACGUAAUUUUAAUUGGCACGCAUUUAAAGAAUAAAAUGCAUAGAAAUUAUUUUGCAUUUUGUUCCAAAGUUAUUUAAAACAUGGCUCAGGUGCUGUUGUGUUGUUAGAAAAUGCUCCACUUACUUCCAAGAUUUUUAAAUUCACAGUAGCUUUCAGUUUUGGCUCAGCUUGGUGCCAGUAAUCAAAAUGUGAAGCUCUGAGCAGUUAAGAUACUUCCUGCAUAAUCUGUAAUUCUGCCUUUUUCCAUGAGGUUUCAAUUACAGGUAGAUUUAUUAAUUUAAUAUAUUUAUCUACCUUUUUCCCUAGCUGUUCCUCAGUCUGAGAAGUUUUGUAGAUCUAAAAUGAAGAUGGCUACUGGGGAUUCCUUGGUUGCUCUGUCUUUUUUUUAAGUAUCUUACCUAAAUCCAAGAUGACUUUGAAUUUAAGAUAACCCCCAAUAAUUAGAUUAUGUACAUGGAAAACAUAAAUAUUCUAUAAUUUCCAUGUAUAGAAUCUAAUUACUGGGGGGCCAUCUUGAAACUUGCUCCCCUGUCCCCUCCACUGCUAAAGCAGGGGAAGUGUAGUAGGGAGCAACUAGUAGAGAAGGCAGGUGGCUAGAUUUACUCCCUAUCAACCCCUCCACCACAUGAUACCUACAUCUCUGGCCCCAAGACACCAAAGCAUCUGCCCCCACCACUGCCGCAGCAUGACUUGACAUGGGCUAGAACUACCACGUGCUCCAUGCCCCAGGCUAGAACAAGGAUGGAGAUGCAAC